UUUUUGCUGUUAUCUCGAGUAUUUGAGUAUGCGUAUUUGAUUAUAGAUGUGGGUCGCUGAAAUGUGUGAGGAUUUUGUACAGAUAGAUAGUUUCAAAGAGUGACUUCAUUUGAAAAGUAAAAUGGAAGGUAUGUUUACGAAGAGUUAUGUUAAAAUUGACAGCCCUCCGUUAGAAUUAAAACAUAAAACAAUUCCGGAGGUAUUAAAGUACUACUCAGAAACAAAAGGAGACGGUGAAUCUAUUAUUUUUGUAUCCACGGACGGAUCUCGCGAUGUUGUUACGUGGUCGGAGCUUUACCAAAAGUCUUGCAAAGUUGCAAAGUCGCUGAUCAAUAUAGGCAUUCGAGAAAAGGAAAUUAUUGCUAUAAAUCUGCGAUGCUGUCCAGAAUGGUUGUAUGCCACAUUCGGGGCAAUGAUAGCUGGAGCGAUCCCUGUCAGUAUAACGUUUACGUACACAGAUGGAAACGAUCUUAUCGCAAUGAUGGAAAAGCUGGAGAAAUGUUCGCUGCUAGUUCUAGAUCCUGGAUUAGAAAGCAUUAACUGGAACAUUCUUCGUAGGCUUCUUGACGAAUAUAAAUCUGACGGAAAAGUUCGAAGUAAGAAAAUGCCUUACUUAAGACAUUUGUUAGGUGUUGCGUUCGACAGAGAACCAGAUACCUCCAACGUCAAGGACUUCAAAGACCUUCUAGAAGAAGAUCAUCCUGACAUAGAACUCCCCGACAUAGAUCCUAAUGAAAUUUACUGUUUAUUUCAAACAUCGGGAAGUACUGGCAUACCUAAACUUGUGGCGCAUGUGCAGCUAAGCGCAAUGAAGUUAGCAGAAUCACAUAUAUUUGAGUUGAUAGAAGACAAGUUUAUCCAGUUUAACGACCGACCAUUUAACUGGGGUGGAGGUUAUCCAAGUUCCGUUCUGACCGGUCAAACAAGGGUGACGUUUUCCGAGUUUUGUGAUCCGCCAAAGGACAGGAUUUCAUUUAUGAUUGAAGUUAUAGAAAGAGAAAGAUGUUCCAUGGUAUUUGCUCUACCUCCUUUGAUGCACGAGCUAAUUAAAAGACAGGACAAUUUACCCGACGACUGGCCUGUGGAAGCUAUUUUAACCGCUGGACAACCUCUUACGAAUCGACUUGCUGCUUGUGUUGGUAAAGCUUGCAAAUAUCUACUGUGCUUCUAUGGUGGGACAGAAAUUUGUGGCGUAACGGAGGCGAAAAUUACUGACCCAGAUGAUUUCGUUGAAUUUGGAUGUGGAAGGGUUCUGAAAUAUCCCGGAUUGGAAGUGAAAAUCGUUGACGAGAAUGGUGAAAUUGUUCCCGUCAACCAUAGAGGAGAAAUAUAUGUUCGAUCUGAAAUUAUGUUUAAAGAAUACUUUAAUGAUCCAGAAAAAACAAAAGCGGUUAAAACCCCAGACGGAUGGUAUAAAACAGAUGAUAUAGGCUGGAUGACUGAACACGGUCAAUUCUUUGUAGAGGGUCGGAAAUCAAACAUGAUUAUUUCAGGUGGUUUUAAUGUAGCUCCUGAAAUCCUUGAAAACGUAAUGAAAACAUUUCCUGGUAUCGAUUCAGUAGUCAUAGUACCAGUUCCAGACGACGUAUACUAUCAGGUUUUGUGCGCAUGCGUGAUAAGGAAACCAGGAUUUACAGUUACCGAAACAGAUGUCCAAACGUAUUGCCGUGAAUAUCAUGCAGAUAAACCAGGACUUUUCACCGUUCUUCCGAAAUUUUACAUGUUCUUUGAGAAGUUUCCUGAAACAAGAAGUGGCAAAACGCAUCGGAAAGAGUUGGAGAGAAUAGCAUUAGAGCGUUUCGGACCUAAAAAAGACAAAUGUCCAAAUUGAAAGACACGUUGUUAAUAAUACAUACAAUUAUUAAACAGAGAAACGAUUACGUGUGUGUUAAGAAUAGUACUGCAUAGAAAGAAACCUUUAAGAUGACGAAUAAUAUAAGUGGCUACACAAUGCGAAUAUGCAGUCUGGUUUUUGUUUAACAAAGAAUUAUCCCAGAUAUUACAUAUAAAAUUUAACUCUUUAUUCAUUCAUCUGUUUUAAUCAUUUGCCUAUAUAUACAAACCUGGAUUAGUGAUAUGAUGUCAUUACUGUAUAAUAAAUAGUUAAAAAACUGGUCA